AUGGCUGACCACGCGCCCACGCCAAGGAAGCAGUACGACCCUUACUCAAGCACCUACAACCCCGGGUGGAGAGAUCAUCCCAACCUCAGUUAUGGAGGGAAUAGGCAACCCAACUUUACGCCGAACAGGCAGUCUAAUUUCGUGCCAAAUAAACCACCGGGGUACCAGCAGCAAAACCAACCCCGACCGCCUCCGGCCCCAAGCUCUGGUUCAUCUUUGGAAGAGAUGAUGAAACAAAUGAUGACAAACAUGGCGCAAAAUCAGCAAAGGACGGAGGCAACCAUUAUGCAACAUCAGCAAAGGACGGACUCCGAAAUGCAGGAAAUAAGGAAUCAGAUAAGUCAAAUGGCCACAACAAUCAACCGCUUGGAUGCCCAAAAUCAAGGUAAAUUGCCAUCUCAAUCUGAGUUGAACCCGAAGAAUGUGAGCGCCAUGACCUUGAGGAGUGGCAAGGAAGUUCAAGGGCCUGAGCCUGUGAUCCCCAAGGACAAGAAUGAAGAGAAGAUCGAAAAUGAGCUUGAAAGGGAGGACAGCAAUAGUGCAGAUCUAAAGGUACUUCCUGACCCAGUAAUUACAGCUAAAACUAACCCGCCUCCUUUUCCUAGCAGGCGGUUGAGGGGAGAUGAACGGAUUAUUGUUGGGGAGAAUGUGUCAGCGGUCCUGCAGAGAAAGCUCCCACCAAAGUGCGGUGACCCAGGUCCAUUAAAAGAAACUGGAAUAAUCAUUCAAUUAGCUGACCGAACUAAUGCAUAUCCUGAUGAGUUGGUUGAAGAUGUGUUGGUAAAAGUUAAUGAUUUGGUGUUUCCAGCUAAUUUUUAUGUAUUUGAUAUGGAUGAUGAUCACUCCCCUGAUCCCUCACCUCUGUUAUUGGGUAGACCCUUUAUGAGCACAGCACAGACGAAAAUUGAUGUUAAUAAGGGUAUCUUGUCCAUGGAGUUUGAUGGGGAAAUUGUGCAUUUCAAUAUCUUUGAUAUUAUGAAAUAUCCCUCAAACUCCAACUUUAGCUCAAUUUUCUCUGUGAGUGCUAUUGAUCCUGUAGUGCAGGAAGUGUUUGAAACUGAUGGCAGGGAUGAGUUAGAGGUGGCUUUGACCAGGCACCUCGAGUUGGAGAGAACUCCUGAGGUGGAGUGGAGCGAGAAUCUAAAAUGCACAAUAGGUGCAUUACACUCAUUGCAGACCACCACGAAAAGGUAUGAAAUCUUACCUAUUUUUACUCCCGAGCCUCACCAGAGGGUAUUGCCAUUUGUGGUGCAGGCACCUGUACUGGAGUUGAAACCUCUACCAGAGCACCUGAAAUAUGCAUAUCUGGGUGAUAAUGAGACACUCCCGGUGAUUAUCUCAUCGGCACUGUCAAAAAUUCAGGAGGAGAAACUGAUCCGGGUCCUUAGAGAGCAUAAAAAGGCGAUAGGUUGGACAAUUGCAGACAUUAAAGGGAUCAGCCCGGCCAUCUGUAUGCACCGGAUUAGACUAGAAGAGGAUGCUAAACCUGUUCGGCAGGCCCAAAGGAGGCUCAACCCCCUCAUGAUGGAAAUUGUAAAGAAAGAAAUUUUAAAAUUGCUAGAUGUGGGGAUUAUUUUUGCAAUAUCAGAUAGCCCUUGGAUAACAAUUGCCUCAGAGGGUCCAGAGAAGACAACCUUCACGUGCCCGUUCGGGACCUUUGCUUAUAGACGAAUGCCAUUUGGGUUGUGCAAUGCACCUGCAACAUUCCAGAGGUGUAUGGAUUUUUCAAAAAUUGGAGCCCCGUUGUUCCAACUCCUACAAAAGGAUGUGACCUUCGAAUUCAAUGACAAAUGUGAGAAGGCCUUCGACAAGUUGAAAGAAUUGUUGACUUCACCCCCAAUCAUCCAGCCCCCUGACUGGAGUCUACCAUUUGAGAUUAUAUGCGAUGCCAGUGAUCAUGCCGUAGGGGCUGUAUUGGGGCAAAGAGUAGGGAAGGCAGCUCACGUCAUCUACUAUGCAUCCCGAGCAUUGAAUGGAGCCCAGUUGAAUUACUCCACCACUGAGAAGGAACUUCUUGCAGUUAUUUUUGCUCUAGAAAAAUUCAGGUCAUAUCUGUUAGGUGCUAAAGUGAUUGUAUUUUCUGAUCAUACAGCAUUAAGGUACCUAAUGACCAAGAAAGAUGCAAAGCCGAGGCUCAUCAGGUGGAUAUUGCUACUACAGGAAUUUGACCUGGAAAUAAGGGAUAAAAGGGGCUCAGAGAAUUUAGUAGCUGACCAUCUGAGUCGUAUACCCGUUGGAGAGGAUAAUGAACCAUUGAGGGAUGCAUUCCCUGAAGAGCACUUAUUUUCUAUAAAUUCUCAGUUGCCUUGGUAUGCCGAUCUGGUCAAUUAUUUGGUAACUGGUAAUUUUCCUGCAGGUUGGCCAAAAUCGAAGAGAGAUAAAUUGAAGAGCGACGCCAAGUAUUUUAUCUGGGACGACCCGUAUCUAUGGAAGAGGUGUGCAGAUCAAGUGAUGCGGAGAUGUGUAAGUGAGAUGGAAUUUCAAUCGAUUUUAGCUUUUUGUCAUACUUUUGCCUAUGGAGGUCAUUUUGGACCCAAGAGAACUGCUCAUAAGGUUUUAGAAAGUGGAUUUUAUUGGCCAUCAUUGUUUAAUGAUGCCUAUGUGUUUUGUAAGUCAUGUGAUCGCUGUCAAAGGGUAGGUAAUAUAGCCCGUAGAGAUCAAAUGCCCCAAGUCCAGUUGAUUUUUGUUGAAAUUUUUGAUGUCUGGGGUAUAGAUUUCAUGGGGCCUUUUCCUACUUCCUUUGGUUUUAUAUAUAUUUUGUUGGCAGUUGAUUAUGUGUCUAAAUGGGUGGAGGUCAAGGCCACUCGGACUAAUGACUCGAAAGUAGUUGCAGAUUUUAUUAGGUCUAAUAUUUUUGUGCGAUUUGGAAUGCCAAGAGCUAUUGUCAGUGAUAGGGGAACGCACUUUUGCAACAAAACCAUAGUUUCGUUGUUUCGCAAGUAUGGUGUACUCCACAGGGUUUCAACGUCAUACCACUCUCAAACCAAUGGUCAAGCGGAGGUGUCGAAUCGGGAGAUUAAGUCUAUUUUAGAGAAAAUGGUGCGUCCUGAUAGGAAAGACUGCCAAAGGUUGGAGUACGCACUCUGGGCCUAUCGGACGGUGUACAAGACUCCUAUAGGGAUGUCACCGUACAGGGUGGUAUUUGGGAAGCCGUGUCACCUUCCAAUAGAGUUCGAGCACAAGGCUUUUUGGGCGAUAAAGCAAUGCAAUAUGAAUUUAGAGGAGGCCGGUGCUCAACGAAAGUUGGAUUUGCAAGAAUUGGAGGAGAUCCGGAACGAAGCAUACGAAAACGCUUUAAUUUAUAAGGAGAAAAGCCGGACAUUUCAUGAUCAACAAAUUUCUAGAAAAACCUUUGAGGUUGGUCAGAAGGUCCUCUUGUACCAAUCCAGGCUCAAGCUAUUCCCAGUUGAAAUCCAGAGUGCUAAGAUAGACAACAAAUUUGUGGUGAAUGGACACCAUCUCAAAUAUUAUUACGAAGGAUUUUCAGGUAGAGAUGUGGAGACAAUAAGGCUUGACGCACCACCAUGUCCUAAUCAGUGA